AUGAGUAAUGAAACGAAAGAAGCGUUGACAAAAGAGUUGAGAUUGUUGCAAGAAAAAUGUAGACACGCUUAUGAUAUUAUUGAGUAUUUGCGAGAUGAUGUUCUUAUACCAAACGACAAUGAAGCUAAAACUUUAAAUUAUGUAGAGGCUUUACGAACAGAACUAUGCAAAUCGAACACGGCUAUUAAUACGUUCAGUAAUUUACUAUUAAGCCAAUUCAUCUCUAAAAUGGAAGAGCAAAAUAGAGAAGUUGAAAUAUUCAUAGAUUCUACCAAGAGAUCAAUUUCUGACAUGGAUGUUUUAAUAGAAGUAUCAAAUAACUUAAUCAAUAUAACAAAAGAAUUCAGGUCAAGAGCUAGAGCAAAAAAAGAAGGAUAUACAUCCAAAGGCAAUAUUGAAGGCUAA